AUGGCUGUAGAGCCCGAGGCCCCAGGCAUGCAAAAUUAUGAGCGCCUCAAGCAGAUCGGGUCAGGCUCGUAUGGCAGCUGCAUCCUGGUGAAGCGCCGGCGCGACAGCCAGCUGUGCGUCAUCAAGCAGAUCCAGCUGGAAAACAUGACCCCGCAAGAGGAAGAAGAGGUCCGCAUGGAGGCUCGCAUCAUGAUGUCCCUCCGCCAUAGUAACAUUGUGGCCCUCGUUGAUCCAACGUUUCGUGUGGGCAGUGUGCUUCACAUGGUCAUGGAGUACGCCGAAGGUGGUGACAUGAGUCGGGCUAUAGAAGGCCAGCGACGCUUGGGGGCCCGCUUCUCCGAGAAGAAAAUCAUGAACUGGCUCGUGCAGCUAGUGGCAGCGCUGGCUUUUGUUCAUUCAAAGAACAUUUUGCACCGAGAUAUCAAAGCUCAAAACGUCUUCCUUACACGUGGAGGCAUCGUCAAGCUUGGUGAUUUUGGCAUCUCCAAAGUUCUCAACUCUCAAACCCAGCUUGCUUCGACCAUCAUUGGCACGCCUUAUCAUCUGUCACCCGAAAUCUGCGAGCAAGCGCUAAAGAUCAAGGAUAUGAAUUCUCGACUGGUCCUUACAUGGCGCAUGAACUGUCAGGACAAACCAUAUGGCAAGAAGUCAGACGUUUGGGCUCUGGGCUGCUUGCUCUACGAAGUGUGCAUGCUUCGCAAAGCCUUUAAUGCCCAAAGCUUUCCUGCCUUGGUCAUGCGGAUUAUGCAAGUCCUCAUCUUGUGCAUGGUCUCCAUCGCUGCAUGUGGCUUGCAACAGGAAAAUUCUUACCUCUCAGCGACAGCUAUUCCGAUGGCCUACGAGAUGUUGUGGAGUCGAUGCUACGCUCUGAGCCCCAACACCGCCCCUCCUGUCACCUUUGCGGUGGAGCUGGAGCCUGCUAAGCGAGUACCCCCUUCACUUCGCCGUGCCCAGGAGAACGUCGUACCGCCAACGAAUGCAAGUAAUACAGUGAUAAAAACAUCAAAAGCUGCUGAGCCCGCGCAAGCACUGCCUUCUAGCGUGUCCUUUGACGUCGAGCUUGCUCCGCCGCGCAGGGCACCGCAGGCUGGAAAGCAGGCCGAUGGUCCUCGCGGCAAAAAGCCGGUCUCUUCGUCGUCAGCGGGCUCUGGUGCCAAGAAGAGUACCAACGAGGCGAACUUGGCGAGCAAUACCAGGUCGACAGCUGCGCAAAGAUCCACAGGCAUCGGUGCAGCACGGAGUCAACCGCAGGCCAGUGUGGCAACGCGUGGUACCAAAGCUCCUUUGCGUACUUCUUCACAGAAUCGGACCAGUACCCUCUCUGUGGCUGCAUCGGCGCCAGCGGCCAAUUUUGGCGCAACAGUAGUGCUUGAGUCUAAGAAGACUCGCUCCAAAACUGGUAGCUCAAGCUCCAGUUCUAGCUCGACGCUCCAAAGCGGCACCAGUACACUUUCCAAUGGUCCUCGCUUGACUGCAAAUGCCAAAACUUCCACGACAACGGUCCGCAAGUCCAAAGGCGGUCCCAGUACAGCGCAGAGCGCCCCCCGAGGCGUUGCAAGUCGGUCCCUUGAUGCCCAGCGGAACGCCAUGAAACGCGAUGCCAAACAAAAACGUGAUGAGGAAAAACGCUCUCUGAAAGAACACGAGCAGCGCCUUCGUGCCCUCAAGUCGAACGUGCAAUCCAAGUUGCAAGUCCCUCGCAAAGGCGGUAUUGCAAAAGGCGGAGGGACAAAGAGUAGCGAAGGACGAAGUGGUGCGUCGGUGCCAGAGACCAGCAAAGCCAAGGCUGCCCCGAAACGCCGAGCAACUUCAGGAUCAACGACCUCCAGUCCCGCGGGCUCUUCAAAGACGUCAACCGCUAGCACGCCGGACAUGUCUCCCAAGGAGCGAGUGGAGCAGCAGCGGAGUGACUUGCGUCGCCAAAUCCAAAAGGCUCGACAGGAUGCCAAGCGGAAUGGCGCAGGGGCGGAAGUGGCAGUUGAAAUUCUGCUCAGCGAUCGUGUCCGGCAGUUGCCGACCGAAGAAUUUGGCACACAGGAUCUUGGGCCGGUCUCUUCACCCACAGUGGGGGCGCCAAAACUGAGUCAGUCUCGUCUGGCUGAGCCAGCAUUGGGGGACGCAUCAAAUGGCGGACCUGAAACGGAGGAUUCAUCAGGUCUACGCCAAAGUACACAGUCGCUAUCGGAUGUAGAUACUGAGGUUAUGCGUGCAGCGGAGACUGUGGUACAAGCGGUCAAGGCGCCGCGGGUUACUGACGAGUCUGAAGAAGAACAUGAGGCGAGCCUUGACUCCUUGUCACCCCGCCAGCCACGGGGCUCGGACGUAUUGGACCAAGCUGCUGUUGAAGCACUUGCGCAUAGGGCCAUGAUGGUGCGCGGCGAGCUCCUUCAUCGCCUCGGCGAGGCUGUCUUUGAACAGCUUUAUCAAGCGGUGAACGACGCCGCUCAGGAGGGGACCGAUGAGCCCUCUGACGAGAUUGAUAGUGAAGCUGGCGACGAUGCUAUUUUGCCCAACACAGAGCUACUUGCUCACUUGCAUAGCUUGUUGGGAGCGGCUCCAGAGCCUGUCCGAGAUGAUGAGCCCGAACUGGAGGGCCUGGGUGAAUCCUGGGAUGCCGAUUCGGGGCAGGUUCGAGCAUUGCCCCUCGCCAAUCGUGAUGAGGUCUUUGAGCUCCUGUGCAAGGCCUACGAGCCCACCGAGGAGGGGCAACGUGCUUCUCGGCAGCUUGACAUUGUCAUGGACGUCGAUGCCACGCUCGUGGUCACGGGUCUGUUGCAACAUGCGACCUACCUCAUGCUCGAGGGUCGCCACUAUCUCAAGUUUCGAAACCACCCCGUCUCGCAAACGCGCGUGGCAGCCUUUCGGUGGCUCUAUCAGAGUGUCUGGAAUUUUCUCCCUUGGCUUGAAGUCCUUGCUGCUUCGAUUCCCCUGCUUCUGACCCUUUUUGAGUUUCCAGCCGUCUUCAAGGUGGUUGGGGGCUGGUCGGCCUGGUUGCAACGCUUGGGCAACCGUGUGCGCGUUGCCAUCUGGCUCUUACUCCUCAUCGAUGUCAUCGUGGCCGUGGCCGAUCCAGCUUAUGAUGCCAGCCGCAUACUCCGCCUGCUUCGGCCAUUCUUCCUGGUCGAUACCUUUCUGUGCUCGGGUGCGCGCCGGGUUGUCCAGCAAACUCUGUUUACAUCCGUGCGCGCCAUCGAUAUGGUGCUUCUAUUCAUCACCUACGUCCUGUUGUGGAGCAUUGUGGCCCAUGCCUUCUUCGGGCCAGAAAGCGUGUACGCAACCCACUUGAAGAACAGAACCGCCGCCGCAAACCUUCCUGAUGUGGCUGGAGUUGAUACACACUUUAUCACCUUCAACCAGUCCGUCGUGUCCAUGUUCGUGGCCAUCACCACAGCCAAUUAUCCUGAUGUUGGCAUGCAGACCAUGUUUAGUUGGCAACCCAAUGCCCUCUUCUUCGUGAUUUACAUGUUUCUUGGCGUUUACUUUGUGCUCAACUUCUUUCUGGCCGUGGUCUAUGAGAACUUCUUGAACUUUGAGAACACCAAGCAGUGUUCCAUGAUCCUGCAUCAACGCCGGGCCCUUCGACGCGCUUACUGCCUGGCUGUGCGUGCCAGCGUGCUCGAGCGACGUUUGACAGGCGGUGCCGAUGCCGACCGGUUCUCCCUGCAGCCCGAUUCUCUGAUGGAGGAUGCGCAUGAUGCUGCUGCUGAGUCCGGGGCUACGGCCAAGGAUAACGGUUCAGACGCGACACCACCACCCAGUCACGGACAUGAUGGCAGUGCAGAGAGUGAUGAGCACGAACAUCUGAAACACGGCAGUCAACUGGUCGUGCGCGCGCUUCAGGAUCCCGACAAGCCUUUGCUGACCCGCGAUAUCUUUGACCGCUUGGUGCUGGGGAUCGAGCCUCGUUUGGGUGCAAAGCAGCGAUUGCUCGUCUUUGCUUAUUUGACGCGUCUGCAGCACCGGACGGACCAGCUGACCCACAAUGAACAGUCGCGAGCGAAUACGAGCCGGCGCCAGCCGAAGCGCUGCAUCUCACUGAACGAGUUUUAUGGGCUCUUUGAUGCGCUGGAAAACGACUGGGCGUUGGAUCGACGAGCCACCUUGCGGCAGGUGACGACAAGUCCUGAUCCCUUUGCCUACGGCACAAAAGAACCGUGGCAUACCAUCAAACGCGCGUGCGCAUUUGCCGACACGACCUGGUUCCAUCACGCGGUGACGACCGUCAUCUUGCUCAAUCUGGCCUUUGUCGUGGCCAAUGCUAGCAAAGGGCGAGACACGCGUUUCCUGGACGAUGGAACCUACGGUGAAUGCCACACGCAUGUGUGGGAAUAUGCCUUUUUCGCAUUUUAUGUCAUUGAGGUUUUUGCCAAGUUGGGCGUCUACGGCCGUGUCAUCUAUUUCAAAGGAAAAUGGAAUCGGUUUGACUUUUUUGUUGUGGCGCUGUCGGCCUUUGGCUUUGUGUUGGAGGCUCUGCUGAGCGCCGAUUCGGGCUCAUGUGGUCACGGCAAGGAUGGCGGAUCGCUUGUCCGCGUGGUGGCGGUCGUUUUUCGAUGCCUGCGCAUGACGCGGGUGGUCCGCAUUCGCAAGAGCUUCCGGCAUGUUCUGCUGACCAUCACUUUUGUGAUUCGCAAGAUGUUUCGAUACAUUCUUGUGCUACUGCUGGUCAUGUACAGCUUUGCCGUCAUUGGGAUGGUAUGGUUCCACCAUACGGUGGCCGAGGACUGCUCCUGGUCUGACCCGACUGCAUGGGAGCCCUGCGGCUUUGCCUUUGACCCAUCCCAGGCCACCUACUACCAACUCCAGAACUUUGACAACGUGCUGCUGACUUUUAACACGCUCUUUACGCUGUUGAUUGUGAAUAAUUGGCAGCUUGUUAUGGAAGGACAUGUGGCUGUGGCACCCGGCAAAACGGCGGCACGCAUCUUCUUUUUUGUGUUCUAUCUCUUUGUCGUUUUGAUUGUGCUCAACAUUAUCAUUGCAUAUCUGCUGGAUGGGUUUCUCAAGCUGCACGGGUUGCUGGAGAAGCACGCGGAGAAUGACUUGAGUGAGGAGCAGCGGGAGCGAUCGCGCUUGGCGCAAGAGUCGGCACUUCAACGGAAAGAGACUGCCAGGCAUGCCGAGCAGGAGGCGGGUCUGGAGGGCCAGGUCAUUCGCCUGGGCUCGCAUUUGCAAGUGGGGGCCACCGUAACCUUGGCGCUGUCCCAGCACGCGCUGGCGGAGCAGAAUGCGGCACAGUUGUACGAUUCGUUCAUGUUAAGCGUGGCUCAGUCGGCAUUUCCCAUCUUGCAGCAAUCAGCACUGUCCCUGCGCUUGCUGACCCAAGGGCAGACGGUGGUGAUUUGUUCGGUGCCGACCCCGGCGGCGCUGUCUGUCAUGUCUGCGGCUGAGCCGUUGGUCGAGUUCAAGCGCCGCGUAUUGCCACUUUUGACGGAAAUGUAUGAGGGGCAUCAACGUGAGCAGCGGGGCGCGGAAGAAGCGGCGGCAGUGUCAUUGGACACAACGUCAGCGGUGUCACUGACGGGGGCUAGGCCGGGUCGAGAGGCACGCUUUACCGUGGCAUUGGAUGACGCGCAUCGCUGCUUCCCCUCGGGGGAUGCAGAUCUGCAAGUGGUGGCGCUUUUGUCGCAGUAUGCAAGUAGGCGAGCCUUGGAUAGCGUCGGGUUGCAGUACGAGGCGAAGCGCGAGAUCACGCGCGAUUCGAUUAGCCGGGCCUUGCAAGGUGAAGAGUUGGAAUGGGCCUGCAUCCAGGACGACAAUCGGGCACGCAUCCGUGUAGAACGAGACCCGUUGCAUUUUUUCCGCUUUGAUACGCUGGCAGCCGACGAUCCCGCGCACGGCGAGCUGGACGAGGGCUAA